UCAUGCUGCUGCCAGGUCCAGAGUCUCUCAUGGGUCCCUGUACGGCCUCCCAUUGCUGCUGUCUCCAUCGCCACACUCUGCCAUGUGCCACUUUCAGGUCUCCUCACACUGCUGGUGUGUUCCAUUUUGUCAUAGGGUGCUGGCAGAUUACGGGCCUCCCAUUGCUGCUGCCAGGCCUGUAAUCUGCCAUGGGCCCCUGUACCGCCUCCUCAUGCUGCUGCCAGGUCCAGAGUGUCUCAUGGGUCCCUGUACGGCCUCCCAUUGCUGCUGUCUCCAUCGCCACACUCUGCCAUGUGCCACUUUCAGGUCUCCUCACACUGCUGGUGUGUUCCAUUUUUUG